AUGGCUGAUUUGUCCCCAAGAACCGUGCUUGUAACCGGAUCUGGUGGCUGCACAGAUGCUGAAAGUAUUACUCCUGCAUUUCAAGGUAUAGAUGCUCUCAUAAUCCUCACAAGUGCAGUUCCACAAAUGAAGCCCGGGUUUGAUCCAACAAAAGGUGGAAGACCUGAGUUCUAUUUUGAUGAUGGUGCAUUUCCUGAACAGGUUGACUGGAUUGGCCAGAAGAAUCAAACAGAUGCUGCUAAGGCUGCAGGAGUGAAGCAUGUUGUGUUGGUUGGGUCUAUGGGUGGAACAAACACUAAUUAUCCUCUGAACAGCUUGGGAAAUGGGAAUAUAUUGAUUUGGAAGAGAAAGGCUGAACAGCUCGGUGGUUUGCUAGAUAAAGAAGGAGGGAUUAGGGAACUCAUUGUGGGAAAAGAUGACGAGCUUCUUCAGACUGAAACCAAAACCAUUUCUCGAGCUGAUGUUGCCGAAGUCUGCAUUCAGGGACUGGAACCACUCGGAUACGUAACACUUAGAAAAUCACAAGCGAAAAGAUGA